GGGUGCUGGAAAAAAAGACCUCACCAACGCCUGAAGCUUGCUCUUUGCUAGCUAGCACAGUCAUCACGAAAAUUAGAGGUGGGGUAUUAGAGGAUAAACUUACAUAUUUUAACCGAUAUGCCUCCGAAGAAAACCUCUCAACCUGGUGCUGGUAGUAGUAAGAAAACCCAAGAAAAGAAAAAGGAAAAGAUCAUUGAAGACAAGACCUUUGGCUUGAAAAACAAAAAGGGCGGAAAACAACAGAAGUUUAUCAAACAUGUCGUACAGCAAGUGAAGACACCUCGGCCGGCUGGUGCUGUUGGUGCAGAUGGCAAAAAAGUCGACAAGAAGAAAGAGAUUUCUGAGCUGAAUGAUCUCUUUAAGCCUGUAAUAGCUGCCCAGAAAGUCGCCAAAGGUGUGGACCCCAAAUCGGUGCUCUGUGCUUUCUUCAAGCAAGGACAGUGCACCAAGGGGGACAAGUGCAAGUUUUCCCAUGACUUGACCAUUGAGAGAAAAUGUGAAAAGCGUAGUCUUUACGUUGACGAACGAGAUGACGAACUUGAAAAAGAUACCAUGGACAUGUGGGACGAGAAGAAACUGGAGGAGGUUGUCGCCAUGAAACAUGGAGAGGCAGAGAAGAAGGCACAAGCGGGGAAGGAGAAGAUAGUGACCCAGAUUGUGUGCAAACAUUUCCUGGAUGCCAUAGAGAGCAAUAAGUACGGUUGGUUUUGGGUCUGUCCCGGUGGAGGUGACAACUGUCUGUACCGUCAUGCCCUCCCUGCUGGGUUUGUGAUCAAGAGAGACAAGAAGAAAGAGGAGAACGAGGAGGAAAAGAUUUCACUAGAAGAACUUAUAGAAACUGAGCGAGCUGCCCUAGGACCAAACGUCACCCGCAUCACCCUGGAAACAUUCUUGGCCUGGAAGAAGAGGAAACGACAGCACAAGAUCAUCAAAGCCGAGCAGGACAUGGAGAAGAAGAAGGCUGAUUUCAAAGCUGGCAGGUCUCUGGGGGUCAGUGGGCGUGAAGUCUUCGAGUUCCGUCCUGAACUGGUUGACGAUGAUGAUGAUGAGGCUGAUGAUACCAAAUACGCCAAAGGUGAUGAUGAUGAUGAUGACAACGAAGAUGAUUACGAUGAGGACAUCAUUCAGGAGGUGCAAGAGCCAGAUGACUUGCAGGACAUUGAUGUUACCCGGUUUGUUCCCCAAGAAGUCGACUAUGCUGGCAUCACGAUCGCAGCAGCGGACCGCUUCACGGCAAAAAAGACCAAGGCAGCCAGAGAGAGAGACGCAGACAACAAACUGAGUGAGGCUUCGGGCGGGGUGGAGGAAAACGGUGAGCACAGUGAGGACCAGACGUUGGAGGACGAGUCGGAGGAUGUCCCCGUGGACGAGAACCUCUUCACGGGAGAGGACCUGGACGAGCUGGAGGAUGAGCUCAACACACUGGACCUGGAGGAAGAAGACUAGAUGGGAGUUGGAGGGGUUGGGGGACUAGUCAGCACCGUUUUCAUGAACUUCACAAGGCUUUUGACAUGAAUGAAAAAGACAGUGUCUUCACAAAUCAAACAGCAACAACCACAGUCCACAUUGGAAACGUGCAGCCUGCAAUCCUUUUGUCUCUUUAAAGAAAAAAAACUAUUAAAUAAAUCCCUGGAUAUUUCAAGAUUGAUUUUUGCGGAGUGUGCAGAGUUAACUGAGAUCAGAAUGGUUAGUUUUAUUUUUUUUAUCGUUUUGUUCCCCAAGCAGGCAUUAUCAAAGCAAUCUGGCUUUAUCAGGGCAGAGUCGGGCAAGGUUCCCAUUGGGAUCAACGCAUUUUAAAAAUAUACCGGAAUCUGAAAUGGGAAUGUAUCCAAAAUAAAAUAUUUAUUUGGGCUAAUGACAUGGUAGCAGUUUGUUAUGGUAGGUUUUGAUGCUCCCUUCAACAGUUUUAUUUAGGCCAACAACCUGAUGGCCUGAACGUUCCAGAUCAUCAUCUUAUUACACCCAACUUGUAUGAUCUUUUUGAAAUUAGAAGCACUAUUAGGGGUUGGUUGUGGCCAUUUCCACUCAGUUUUCCUGUUGAUUUGAGAUGGAUGUGCUUACUGCAAUACAAAAAAACGAUUGUUUUUCAUUGAUACUUUCAUUUCUGAGUUCAUGUAAUAUCUAAAGUGCAUGCCUGUAUCAGGAUAAGAAUGUAUAUGGUGAACACGUGUUAUGACAUUCUAGUGUUCAAUUCGCACUUGACGGGGGAGGGCCCCAUAUCUCGGUCACUCUGUCAGAUUGUCUGUAAAAGCAGUCCCUGUAGAAGAGCACGACCUCUUAAAGAACAGUCAGAACAUCUCAGAGGAGGAAGCUGGCAAAUAGAUAUCAUGAGAAACCUUUGCUGCUCAGGUUUGGCUGUUACUGUCACUGAAUGGAAAUACUUGCGUGAGGUUAAUCUGCAGAAAAGAGGAUGACAGGCCGGUAAGUUGGAUGUGUCUGUGUUUGUCCCCUUGUGUCCCGGUUUUAUUCUCCCUUUCAUCAACAUGCCAAGACAAAUUGUAAAUAAAAGGAUAUCAGAUAUUGA